AUGGCUACCGAGCUCACUGUCCAGUCCGAGCGCGCCUACCAGAAGCAGCCUCACAUCUUCCUGAACCACAAGGUCGGCGGACCGCGCAAGAACACCCGCACCAGGAGAUGGUACAAGGAUGUUGGCCUGGGCUUCCGUACGCCCAAGACUGCCAUUGAGGGUACCUACAUCGACAAGAAGUGCCCGUUCACCGGCAUGGUCUCGAUCCGCGGCCGUAUUCUUACUGGAACCGUCAUGUCCACCAAGAUGCACCGUACUUUGAUCAUCCGUCGUGAAUACCUCCACUUCAUCCCCAAGUACUCCCGUUACGAGAAGCGCCACAAGAACCUCGCUGCGCACGUCUCGCCCGCUUUCCGUGUCGAGCCCGGUGACCAGGUCGUCGUCGGCCAGUGCAGGCCCCUCUCCAAGACUGUCCGCUUCAACGUUCUCCGUGUCCUGCCCCGAAGCGGAAAGGCCGCGAAGCAGUUCUCCAAGUUCUAA